CCUGCUGCGUGCCGUAGUGACGUCACACCCAAACAAGAGACAGUCUGCUGCUGAUUACUACCGGAUGGGUCAAACUAAGUGGAUUUUCUCUUCAUAGCUAACUUUUUAUCAUCAUGUCUCAGGAUCCGUGGUUGCAGAAUUAUGAUGCCACUUGUCGCUUGGCACAGGAAGUAGCAGAAAACAUUCAUGAACGGAACAGGCAGCAGAGAACAGGGGGGAACCCUGCAAAGAUCAACAUGACAUUAAGGGCAUCGCUGCAGAAGCUCAAACAGAACAUUGCCCAGCUUAAAGAGGGUUUGUUGCGAGCAUCAUCGUCUCGGCGUUUAAUGCAGUCAGAAGCUGAUAGGAGGCAGAACCUUAUUGAUGACCUGUUUACCAGAGAGAAGCAGCUCAAUGCCACCUUCAAGGGAGACAUCGUGGAGCCUGAACCUGCCAGGUCAACGUUGAUGGGGGCAGGAACGAGUGGAGGUGUUGCGGCCAACCCCUGGCUGAUCAACGAAUCAGAGGAGACCAAAGGGCUGUCCUUUGGAGAGAUCAAACAGCAGCAGCAACGAGUCAUCGAAGCCCAGGAUGAAGGCUUGGAUGCACUAGCAGCUGUCAUCAGCAGACAGAAGAUAAUGGGCCAAGAGAUUGGCAAUGAGCUGGAUGAACAGAACGAAAUCAUCGAUGACCUCUCGCAUCUUGUGGACAAGACGGACGACAGGAUUCGUAACGAGACACGAAGGGUGAAGCUUGUGGAGACAAAGUCAGCCUCUUGUGGGAUGCUGGUGGUGAUCGUGCUGCUUCUCAUAGCCAUCGUAGUGGUCGCCGUGUGGCCCACUAGCUGACGAGGACAGCAGCGAUCGUGGACUUGUGCUGAACGACUACUACAGUGACAGUGGUUAAAAAAAAAAAGAAGUUUGAAACCUUUGCAUCUACAAUGCACUCAUGUACAUUUAAACACCGUCUCUCAUCAGAUUUUAUUUUCUUAUUCUUUAUCUUCAUAUUGAGACACAGGUCACUUGCUCAAUCUUGCCAAUGUGAAAUGAAGAUUUAAGUCCUUUAGCAGCACAGUCACAUUUUUCUAUACAUUAUAGAAUAUAUUGCUUAGGUGUAAAUUGUUCUCUUUAACAGUUGUUCAAGUGUCCGGCUCAUUAAAUUCACAAUGUAUCAGGUAGUUAAAUUAUUUGGAGCCUUUUGAAAAAUAUUUUUAGCCUGGACUGCGGCGAAUGUUGACCCAACUGUAGGACCUGCAGGAGCUUUCCUUUCAUAAGUCUGUCUGUGGUCGACGCUGAGGCAGCGAUUCCGCAAGCUUUGCAGUAUUCACACUCACUUAUAUUUACCCAUGCGUUAUUGUAGCAGCUGUAAUGUCAUCAUUUGUCUUGGGAUUUUAUAAUGUUUAUAGAAUAGCUCUCGGCCAAAACAAACAGCUCGGUUGUGUAACUAACGUGGCUGUUUUCCUCCCUUGUAAAUCAAUUCAGCUUGUAAUUUCUAAUAAAUGACAUAUCCAGUUAAUAGUC